AUGCCUCGAGUACUAACUCCAACCAUCGCAACAGGUUUCGGAUCGACCACGAACACCUCUCCAUUUGGCGCAAAGCCAGCCUUUGGCGCGACUACAACAACGAGCGGUGGUAGCCUCUUCGGCAGUGGUACCGCGACUUCCGGGGCUCCAAGCUUCGGAGGCUUCGGCAGCACUACGAACACCGCGGCAAGCGGAUUUGGGGGCGCUGCCACCACCGGUGGAGGUUUGUUCGGCUCACAGCAGAACAAGCCAGCGUUCGGGACCGGCACUGGAGGGGGACUAUUCGGUGGAGGAACCACUGCCACAACUGGCUUCGGCAGCAACACGGCCCCAACUGCGGCUUUUGGUGCUGGCGCAAGCACUACGUUCGGCAACCAGGCCCAAAACAAUGGAACUGCCGCCACCCCAUUCCAGCCUCAUAUUGAGAAGGACUCGAGCACGGGUCCAUCGUCCCACUACCAGACGAUCACCUGCAUGCCGCCCUACCAAGGCUAUUCCCUCGAAGAAUUAAGGCUAGCCGAUUAUGCGCAGGGCCGUCGGUUCGGUAACGCCAACGGACAGGCUGGAGCGUUCGGCCAGAGCACUGGCUUCGGCGCAUUCAACAAUACCAGCAAUACGAGCACAGGCUUUGGCGCCAACACGACCGCAAAUACAGGCGGUGGUCUUUUCGGCUCCACCGCCAACACGUCCUCUCCUUUCGGCGGCGCUCAACAGAACACCACGAGCGGCUUUAGCAGCAGCACAGGAGGCGGUUUGUUCGGAAGCAAGCCUGCUGCCACAGGUCUGUUCGGGGCUAGUACCACGACCACGUCUGGCCAGCAAUCAGGCAGUCUCUUUGGGACGAGCGGAACCACUGGCUUCGGAUCAGGCACCGGUGGGUUUGGGACCGGCACCACUGGCACUACUGGCGGUGGACUAUUCGGGCAACAGCAAAAUGCUAGCCAAAUCCAGAACAAGCCCGCCUUUGGGGGCUUCGGCUCCGGUACCACUGGAGGGUUCGGCUCCGGAACAAGCACCUUCGGACAGAACACCACAACCUCUGCCGGAGGAGGGCUUUUCGGAAGCACGACCGCAACAGCAUCCCCCUUUGGCGGCCAGCAGCAGCAAACUGCGACAUCGAAUCCCUUCGGCAGCUCCUUUGGGCAGACCAAUCAGAACCAGCAGCAAGGUCAGACCGGAGGGCUAUUCGGUGGAGGGUUCGGCGCAACCAACACCCAGCAGCAACAGAAGCCUGUUGGUCUCUUUGGUGGACCUGCUUCCACCACCACCGGCACUAGCUUGUUUGGUCAACAAAACAACACACAGCAACCGCAGUCUGGAGGUCUUUUCGGUAACGCGAACACUCAGCAGUCCGGAGGACUCUUCGGCAGCAAGCCAGCCACCACCGGUACCUCACUUUUCGGCAACGCACCAGCGUCGACCAGCAACACUGGUGGGGGUCUUUUUGGAGGCUUGAACACCGGUCAGAAUCAGCAGACACAAGGCUCCAAUCUCUUUGGUCAGACUCAGCAACAACAGAACAAGCCCUCCUUGUUCGGAUCAUCCGCGACAACCAGCACAAACACUGGAGGUGGGCUCUUUGCCGGCCUCGGCCAGAACAACACUGCGGCCCAGCCUUCGCUUUUCGGCAGUACUCAAAACCAACAGCCCUCACAGUUCGGUGGCAGCCUGUUUGGAGCUUCUCAGCAAAACCAACAGGCACAGCAGCCGCAGCAUAUGCAUGCUUCCUUGACAGGCAACCCCUAUGGAAACGAUCAGCUCCUAUUUACGAGCCUCAACACCCCAGCUUCAAACCCUGGACCUCUGAUCACGCCCCUUUCUAGCAGCCAAAAACUGAAGAAGAGCGCUAUCCUGCCGCAGUAUAAGCUGAAUCCUGCUUCCUCCUCGCGCUUGAUCACUCCACAGAAGCGAACAGGUUACGGCUUCUCGUAUUCCACCUAUGGUACUCCCGGUAGCGCUACAGCAAGCCCCGGCGGCUUCGGGAGCAGUCUUCUGGGCGCAGGUAGUUUUGGAAGGACCUUGGGAAAGAGCUUGUCGUCGAGCAACCUGCGGCAGCAGUGGAACCCUGAGGACAGCAUCCUAUCUCCCAAUGCAUUCUCUGUGAACACAGGUCGAGCUUACGGUACGGGUAGCCUGAAGCGCCUCCAGGUUGAUCGAAGCCUAAACCCUAGGCCGUCUUUAUUCGGAGACAGCUCUCCUGAGCUGUCCAACACGACAUCAUCAAGGAAGAGUGUCAGCUUUGAUACUAGCGCUACGAACGGCAGCAAUGGAGCGAAUGGGACCAGCAACGAAUCGACCGCUACGCCCUCCGCGAACAAUGCCCUCGUCCGCGUCGAGACGGAUGACUCCAACCCGAGUGCCGAAGAGCAGGGCCUCCUCCGAUCCUCUCGGUCGUCUGCGAACGGUGCAAGAGCAAACGGCGCAAGGGCAAAUGGCGCCCCGACGCGGCCGGAGAUGGAGCAGGCUACAGGUGGCGAGCUUGCCGCUGUCCCCGAAGAUGGAUCUCCGCCCGCAGCACCAGUCAAGGAUGCUGAUGACCUCGCUCGGGAGAGAGCCCGCAAGGCUCGCAAAGACCAAGAGCUUGGAUCGUACUGGAUGAAGCCGUCUCUUGAAGAGCUUCGGAAGAUGAGUCCUCAGCGGCUGAAGAAACUCUCUGGCCUAGUGGUGGGGCGCAAAGGCGCCGGCAAGAUUGAGUUUGGCGAAGUCGAUCUGACUGGUAUUCCGCUCGAAGACAUUCCCGGCAAGGUUGUGCAACUCUCUCACCGGAGCGCUUCAGUCUACGACUCGGGAUCACCGGUGCCCAAGCCGCCGGUCGGCAAAGGUCUCAAUGUGCCCUCGGUCAUCUCGCUGGAAAACUCUUUCCCUCGAUCAGGCGCCGGAACACUGCCUGUGCACGAAAACAAGGGACCCCGAUACGAAAAGCAUAUCAGGCGACUGAAGAAGGUCCAGGACACAGAAUUCGUCAACUACGAUGACCACACUGGCAUCUGGACGUUCAGGGUUGAGCACUUCAGCAGAUACGGUCUGGAUUACGACGCUGAAGAUGACAGCUUGGGUUCGAGCAUGUUGAGUGCGCCUCCUGAUACACCCACCUCCAAAGGCCGAACUCCUGCAAUGCAAGGUUCACGACUUUCUCAGAGGUCCGAGGAAGACAUCUCAAUGUUGAGCCCACCGGAGUCAUCAAGUCCGGAUGACACAUUUGAUUUCAAGAAGGGUCCUCGAAAGAAUGUACCUGGCGGCUUCGGGGACGAAGAUGUGUUUGACGAGGAUGACGAGGAUGACGAGGAUAUGGACAACGAGCAGGAGCAGAGUAUCGACAACACUCAGCAGUCUUUUUUAGAUGAGCGCUCCGUGGGUUCUGCUCUGGAUGGUGCCGACGAGCGACAAGUCGCGACACCAGAAGAGAGCGGAAUGGUGUCGGCCGAGGAAGCUGAUGCGGCGGAUCCUCAUCGACCGGGUCAAGCCAUGGAGCUGGUUGCCGCAGAUGAUCCCUUUAUCGUGGAUGAACCAAUCAGACCAAAGUCCAUCCUGAAAGAUACUGCGCUCCGAGAGACCUUGGGCACUCCGAAGCUCGUAAUAGCUUCAGACUGGGCAACACAACUUCAGCAGACGUUGAGUCCCGUUAAGCAAAACCGACCGGCGCUCAGGGAGACUCAGGCGACGUUGUUGAAGGAGCGAGACGAGCAACAAAUGCCCACGCCCAAGGCCGCUGGCAACCAGAUGACGUUCGCCACCAGCAUUGAUCUGAUGAAAUCGCUUUUUGGUCAGGAUACGGGACGACAGAAUUGGCCUUACGCGAAGCGAACAAAACCGAAUGAUACAGACUCCAUGAAUGCAGAGGACAGAGCGUUCCACCAAUCUUUCAAGCCAGCAUGGGGCCCCGACAGUACAUUAGUCUACACAACAUCGGGGGACGCUGCUUCGAUGCAUGAGGGUCUUGUUGCCAACAUGAAGUCAUCCAUAGUCUCACAGCAUAGAGACGUCCGCUUCGCUAACUUUGUCCCUCCUACUGAUCUCAGCACCAACACACUCAAGGAUCAGAAAACGUGCACGCUUAUUCAACGGGACAACGGCGGCAUACCUUACGCCGAGACAACGGCCGGCUUUGAGUUCGGCCAAUUUGCGCAGCUCGUCAAGGUAGAUAGUCCUGCAGGCGUGCAUGAGCAGCAUGUCUGGCAGCUUGCCAGCAUCCUCUUUGACGAUGUCAGCGGCGAGUUGCCGGACGGCAUACCUUCAGACCAGCUCGCCGACAUCGAAUGGCGUCUGCGCAAGGAGAAGUUUUCCGACUUCUGGCGGAAACUAGUUCAGUCCGAUGCAGACAAGCAAGCGUAUAAGUCCGCCACGGCGGAAGAACGGGCUCUGCAGCAUCUUUCCAGUUACAACGUCCAAGAGGCUUGCACCGCAUUAAUCGAAGGUAUGAACUUCCGUCUUGCAACGAUGGUCGCGCAAGUCGGCGGAGAUGAGGUUAUGCGCGAUGAGGUCGGACACCAACUUGACGCAUGGCGCGACCUCAAUGUUCUCUCCGAGAUCAAUGAGCCCAUCCGCGCGAUGUACGAGCUCCUAGCCGGCAACUGUGGUAUCUGCGAGGGCAAGACGGGCGGAGACCCCGAAAACCAGGCACCGACCUUCCGACUCGCCUCACGCUUUAGCAUGGACUGGCGCCGCGCUUUCGGUCUCCGGCUUUGGUACGGCAUUCUCGAAAACGAGCCGAUCGAGUCCGCCGUCGCUGAGUUCGAAGAAAAUCUCGGUGACGGCACUGAGACCGUAAAGCCAGUGCCAUGGUUCGCAGAGCAAGGCAUCGACACCGCAUGGCAAGAUCCAUCUCCGGACUCACGCGAAGACCUCCUCUGGGGCCUCUUGAAAAUCUACGCCGCGCAAGAGGGCACCUUCAAAGCCGACAUCGCCACCAUCCUAACACCCGAAAACGUAUCCGGCAAUCCUCUCAACGCGCGCCUCAGUUUCCAACUCCUGCACCUCCUCAAAGCCCAGAACAUCAUCUCCCCACCAACCACUACCACCGCCGACGGCAACGAUCCGGCAGACGCCCUCACAUCAACCUACGCCACCGCCCUCCUCGCCGCCCGCGACUGGCCCCAAGCCCUCUGGACAUCCCUGCACCUCUCCGACCCCGCCGCCCGCACUCAGGCCAUCCAAUCCAUCCUCGCGCAAAACGCAGCGGCUAUCGAAGACGGGACCCCGCUCUUCACGACCCUGACAACAGAGCUUAAGAUCCCGCCCUCCUGGAUCUGGACGGCCAAAGCGCUGCAUGCGCGCGCCGUGGGCCGGAAUGCGGCCGAGGAAGUCAAGUGCUGGCAGCGUGCGGGGGAGUGGGACGAGGCGCACAGCGUGCUCUGCCGGUCCGUAGCGCCGCGCGCGAUUGUGGAGCGCGACUAUGAGGGCUUGCGUGAGCUGCUGGAAGGGUUUGGCGGCGGGACGGAGGGGAAGGUGCAGGGGUGGAACGUUGGUGGGCAGGUGUAUCGGGAUUUUGUGCGCUUGGUUGCGGAGGUUGGGGAGGGGGCUGUGCAUGGGCAGAAGAAGGGGGAGCGGGAAGCAGUGUUGAGGAGGCUUGGGAGGGGCCUUGAGGCCCUGGGGGCGGAGAUGGGGAAGAUGGGGCUGGUGGAACGGGCGGCGGUUAUGGAGAUGGGGCGGGUGGUUGCGGGAUGGGUUGAGAGGGAGGAGGUGAGUUCUGUCCUCUGCAUGUUGAGUGAUAAGCGACUGACGGAAAAGCUGCAGGUCGGAGAAAAGGCGCAGGUGCUUAGGCUGCCGAUGACCGAGGACGCGUAUCUGCGGCACACGAGGGAGCUGAGCUUGAACUACUUCCGCGCUGUUAUGGCAGGUGGGAGAUAG